UAUAUAUCUCGAUCGGAGCGGCUUGGCGGAGGACGGGCAGGGCAAGCGGGCUGUGGGCAUUGGGACCGGCCUGCCCUCCGCCGCGGCCAGCAGCCAGCAGCCAGCAGCCAGCAGCCAGCAGCCAGCGCCCAGUCUGAAGAGUUCGGCCAGUAGACUUCAGCAGAAUGGAAAAAAAACUAAAGGGUACCAAGAUCAUCUUUGUGGUGGGGGGACCAGGCUCAGGGAAGGGGACCCAAUGUGAGAAGAUUGUUGAGAAAUAUGGAUUUACACAUCUAUCCAGUGGAGAUCUCCUGCGGGAAGAGGUCCGCUCUGGCUCUGAGAGGGGCAAGACCCUGUCAGAAAUCAUGGAGAAGGGAGAGCUGGUACCUUUGGACACCGUUUUGGAUAUGCUCAAAGAAGCCAUACUAGCAAAGGCUGAGACCUCCAAGGGCUUCUUGAUAGAUGGCUAUCCUCGGGAAGUGGCACAGGGAGAAGCAUUUGAAAAGAAGAUUGGCAGCCCCACACUUCUGCUUUAUAUUGAUGCUGGUUCAGAAACCAUGGUGCAAAGGUUGCUGAAACGAGGGGAGACCAGUGGACGAGUAGAUGAUAAUGAAGAGACCAUUAAGAGUCGUCUGAAAACAUACUACAGUGCCACAGAACCAGUCAUCAAAUUUUAUGAGAAUCGGGGUAUUGUCCGAAGGAUCAAUGCUGAAGGCUCAGUGGAAAGUGUCUUUGAAGAAGUCUGUACCCAUCUAGAUGCCUUGAUUUGAUGGGGUUUGGUUGUCUCCCCUAUUUCAAAGAAAUCCAUCUCCCCCAUCUUCAUAGGAUCAGCUUCCCUGCCCAGGCCCUUUGCUGGCCCUUCCUAACUCCUCCUCCAGCUGGCUCUGAGCUCAGGGCUCAGACAAAGGAAGUGGCUUUAUCCUGUUUUCAUGGACAACUUCACUAAAGGAAUCUCCAAGGACAUUUGGUUUUGGUUCUUUGAUUCAAAGUAAAGUUCACUGACAAUGUGUACUACCA